UGAGAAAAGCAAAGAAAUAUAACUGGAAGGGCAGCAAUAUGGUCCAAACAUAUGUAUUAUUCAUGUACUGUCUUGCAGAAGCGUCCGUCCUGGGUGAACCAGGAUGGAAAAAUGCAGGAACGCAGCCUGGGCUUCAGAUCUGGAAAAUUGUGAACUUCACAGUCACAGAGUGGCCCAAGGAAGACUACGGAAAGUUUUACAACGGUGAUUCAUACAUCAUCCUAAAUAGCUAUAGAGAAGGAACUUCUGCUGAGCAUCUGAAGUACGACGUCCAUUAUUGGAUUGGUUCGAAGAGCUCAAAAGACGAAUACGACGCGGCAGCGUACAAGACCGUCGAGUUGAAAACAUUCUUGGGCAACGGGGCUGUGCAGCACAGGGAAAUCCAGGGAUCCGAGUCCGAACUCUUCAGGUCCUACUUCGAGGAACUUGUUACAAUGGAGGGCGGCGCUGAAAGUGGCGUCCGCCACGCGGAACCUAUUAAAUAUAGAAAAAAGUUGUUGCAAGUGUCCGGAAUGGGAGCUGACCCGUCAAUCACAGAAGUUCCAUUGAGUAAAGACAGCCUAAAUUCCGACGAUGUCUUUAUUCUAGAUGCUGGCACAACUCUAUGGCAAUACAACGGCAUCGGUGCUAGUAGUUUUGAGAAAGCUUGGUCGAUGGAAUAUCUGUUGCAAAUUGAACAACAGAGGGGUGGCCAUAUCAAGAGUGUAGUUGUUGAUGAACACACUAUCAGGGAGGAUGUAUGUAUAAAACGGUCAAACAUAGAUGAUGAAGACUUUUUUCAUUUACGAAAUACACUUUACCGUUGCUAAUGUUUAGUGGAAACUCCAUAAUGCUUAAAAUAUUAUGUUCAAAAGAUAAAGCUGCCGUCCAGAUAAUGUGCAAAGUUACUUGUUCAGAAAUGUUGUACAUGACUCAGUUUUAAAAAGGGAGGUAAUAAAACAGUAAAUCAGUAAUACUUUCUCUUAGGUUAAUCAUAUAUUCAAAUGUAUUGCAAAUUAUAAAAUGAAAUGAAAUAGUAACUAAUGAGAAAUUAAAGUAUUAUUUGUUCAUAACAAAAAUGUGGCAGCCAUAUUAUUAUCAAAGCUGUUAGUGUUCCAUAUAAUUAUGUGAUAUAAGAAUACCUUGCAAGCGUGUUUUGCUUCUUUAACCAGGAUGAGUUCUACAAGGUACUUGAGGAUGAUGAAUCUGGAAGUGAAGAAGAGGAUGUGAAAUACUAGGAGAGAAAAAACUGUUCUGUUUGUCAGAUGAAUCAGGAGAAAUAAAAUUCAGCGAGGUGAAAACCGGAAAAAUUGAAAAGAGUGACCUCGGAAGUGAUGACGUGUUCCUGUUUGAUUCAUGUGACCAGAUUUUUGUUUGGAUUGGUAAGAAUGCUUCGCCGGCUGAGAAGAGGAAUGGAGUAAUUUAUGCCAAUAACCACCUUCGUGAGACAGAUCGUCCACAUUUGCAAAUUCAUGUAGUCGUCGAGGGUCAUAACUCUGAAAGUCUCGAUAAUGCUUUGUCAGCUUAAAUAUUCUGCAGGAUUUAUAACGAGGAGGAAUGUCGUAUAUAGCUUCUAGACAAUUUUAGGCACUUGUGUAUAGAGAUUAUAUCAUAUAGUAACUGUAUAUGUCAACAACAUGGUGAAAUAUACCCGCAGUUUUUGUCUUCCAGAUUCUGAUAUCUAGCUUGAAUUUUAGCAAAUACAUGUACAUGUACAUUAUUAUUUCUUUUUUUAUAAAAAGCUUAUACUAAAAAUAACUCUGGGGAGUUUAUAUUUCAAAGCAGAAAUGGUAUUAAAUUAUGUACUUGUGUAAAGAGAGGUCCUAUGUUCUUUUUAUUUUCAUUGUUUUAUUUUUUAUGCUAUUUUAUUUACCUAUAGAAAAUGUUAUAAGCACACCCAGCUUAAGUUUGCAAUU